CCCACCCCCACAGACAUCGAAACCCAAAAAGCGACGAUCCGCCAACGAAUCUGGCCUGCCCUACGACCAAUCGCGCUACCAGACUCCCGCUUCAACUACGACUUCACGUCCUUCAUCGCGGACUUCUCGGGCAGCAGCGCGGCGACAACGCGACUGACGGCGCUGCCGGCCUACCACGCGGCGCGAGUCGUCUUCGUCGCGCCCGACAACUGCCUGGAGGAGCUGCGGCGGCGCGUGCUGGCCGACGGCAAGACGCUGCUGGUGACGACGUACGGGAUUAAGCGCGGCUUCGUGGCGCUGGAGGCGGGGUGCACGGGCGCAACGGACGGGACGGGGACGGGCGAGUGGGCGCGCGCCUACGCCGCCUCGCUCGACGGCAUGGAGCGCGUUGGCCAGGGCGUCCUGCUGCGCGAGAUGGUCGAGGAGCACGACCGCUGGACCGUCGACCUGCUCGUUACCGGGUCUGGUGCUGUGAGCACGGGCGGCGUCCGCGUCGGCAAGGGCCGUGGCUUCUUCGACCUCGAGUGGGGCAUGCUGUAUAGCUUGGGCGUCGUGGGCAAGGACACCCCGGCUGUGGCGCUCGUCCAUGAGUGCCAGGUUGUCGAGGACAUGGACUUGCGCGCCGAUGUCUUCGAUACCGUCUGUGAUGUCGUGGUGACGGAUAAGAGGACGUUGCUGGUCGAGAGCGCGAGGAAGCCCGAGUGUGGCAUUUUGUGGGAUAGGCUGGCUGAGGGCAUGUUGGAGGAUAUUCCGCCGUUAAAGGAGCUGAAGGAGUUGCAG